AUGUAUAGAAUUGGCUACCCCAAAAUAUCAAAGGAACUCUGGAAAAGGUUGAAUGUUGACAGGCAAGCUAAAAUACUUCCGGUGGUAAAAAACCAACAUCUUUUACUUUGCACACUCUUGAUUGGCAACUCCUUAGCAAUGGAGUCUCUUCCUAUAUUCUUGGACAAGCUUGUACCAUCAUGGGCAACAAUACUGGUAUCUGUUACACUGAUUCUCAUGUUCGGGGAGAUAAUUCCUCAAGCAAUCUGUACUUGCUAUGGAUUGACAGUUGGAGCCACUGUAGCACCCCUUGUUCAGCUUCUUCUCAGGUUAUUCUUCCCCAUUGCUUAUCCAAUUAGUAAGGUAAAGGGGCAUGCUGCCAUUCUGUGGAGAGCUGAGCUAAAAACAUUUGUGGAUUUUCAUGGCAAUGAGGCUGGAAAAUGA